GACUGUUAGCCUGGAACUCUCUGCCUUCCUCUACAUCGUUCCUAUUCGUUUUGGCUGCAACCAGCCCCCCGCCCCAUUUCAGCCUUUCUUGUCGUUAAUCCCUCUCCUCCAACCAAGUCCUCUGUCACACUCUUGUUCUAAACCCUCAGCUCUGCUCUUCCUUCAAUUCUCAAUUCUAUUCUCUCCAGGAAAGCGUCAAAAAAGGAUUCAAUUUCUCUCAAAUAUGCGUUUCUUUGCUUCUUUGCCUCCUCCUCCUCCUUCUCUACCUUCCUUCAUUAUUUAAAUGUCGCAUCUACCCACAACCCCGAUUUCAACAAAGCUAUCCCCUCACAAAAUUAGGAGGAAAGUGCCCAUCUUUUAGGUGGGACACAAAAAAAAAAGUGUUCUGUUUUUUUCUUGUAAUCUCGUCGUCAUCAUGAUUCAUUCCUUUGUUCCGACGAGGUGUCCGAUUGGGAGGCCCAAUUUGGGCUGGGACCUGAGAUCUGUAUACGCUCCUCCUCCUCCUUCGAUAAAGUUGCCAGCUUUAGGGCGGAAUCACCCAAUUGCUUGCGUCUUCCAUGAGCAGAAUCCUCGGACGUGCACUGACCAGGCGCAUGAGCCCAGAGCUAGACUCGUAACCCGUGUCUCUUCCGAGCCCAUUUGGGUUAAUCCGGGUCAUUUUCGUGGCAGCGAUGACAAACGGGUGAGCGAUAAUGUGAAGGGGCAUGAAGGGGAGACGAAGGGGACAAGUGUUGGAGGCUUCCGUGGCCAAUUGGGUUGGGAACAGAUGCUUGUGCUGUGUGGGUUUGGGUGUUGGAUGCAAGGGUUUAGAGCGUUUCCAUGGCUGGGUCUCAACUUCCACAUGGCUCACCAUCUCAGCUUUCAUCCUUCCCUGCUGCAGCUUGUGCAGAGUGCUGGCAACCUUCCUAUGGUGGCCAAGCCUCUCUAUGGUGUCCUUUCUGAUGUUAUCUACAUUGGUGGAGCUCAUAGAAUACCUUACAUUCAAAUUGGAGUUUGUUUGCAGAUAUUGCCUUGGGGUGUGUUGGCAAUGAUUCCUGUUGCAUCUAAAGCUCUUCCCAUGCUCAUGGCGUGCAUCCUUCUGAGUAACAUUGGUGUUUCAAUUACUGAAGUUGCUACGGAUGCUCUUGUAGCUGAGUAUGGCCAAAAACACAAAAUAGGAGGCCUCCAAUCCUAUGGAUUUAUGGCUUUGGCUAUAGGUGGAAUCCUUGGCAACUUGCUUGGCGGCAUUUUCUUGCAAAAGACAGCCCCCAGAACCAUGUUUGUGGUAUUUGCAUUUCUGUUGUCUCUCCAGCUUGGCAGUUCAUCAGUAGGCAGGGAAGAAUUUCUUGGUCUGUCACGAGAACCAGACCGUUCUGUUGUUGGGAAAUCGAUAUGGGAGAGUAUCAUAUAUCAGGUAAACAAUCUGAAGAUGGCUUUAAGGGAGGACCGGAUAUUCCGUCCAUUGAUGUGGAUGGUGGCUUCCAUUACCAUGGUUCCUGUUCUUUCAGGCUCCAUCUUCUGCUAUCAGACACAAUGCCUAAAUCUAGACCCUUCAGUUAUUGGAUUGUCCAAAGUAAUAGGCCAGCUGACGCUACUUUCCUUGGUUGUUCUCUUUGAUCGGUACUGGAAAGAACUUCCCAUGAGAAAACUGGUUGGUACCCUCCAGUUUUUGUAUGCAGCUUCAUUGCUCCUUGACUUUGUCCUGGUGAGGCAGAUCAAUCUUAAGUUAGGGAUUACAAAUGAGUUAUUUGCUCUUUGCUUUUCGGGUUUGGCAGAAAUCCUUCAACAGUUUAAACUCCUCCCUUUCUCAGUGUUGUUGGCAAGUUUAUGCCCACAAGGCUGUGAAGGAUCCCUUACAUCUUUCUUGGCUUCAGCAUUUAUUCUGUCAUCCGUCCUUAGUGGCUUUUUUGGUGUUGGAUUAGCAUCACUGCUUGGAAUAACAUCGAGUGACUACUCACGUCUUCCUGUGGGGAUUUUGAUACAGUUUCUUUUAGCUUUAGUUCCUUUGGCGUACAUACAUAAUGUACCAAUGUCUGAACCUGUGUACAAGGAGGAUAGAAGGAGAGGCAUGAGUAAAAAAUCCAGAAAAGCCAGAAGGGUCGGAAGAGUGAUGAUCAAUUACAUUUUUGUUUAUCGGCGUGAAAGAGACUCUGGCAAGAAACCUUGAAGCAAAAACCUUUCAGACAUGCUGUUAGCAGUCCGUAUUGGAGAUGGGGAUGCGAUUGAGGGUGUGGCUUAAGAGUAGCUAAACUGAGCUGACAGAACCUGCAGAUGAAAUUGAUGGUUUGCAGGGUUGUAGAUGGGAAGUAUUACCUGACAAUACACACUCUGCACUUGUUGCGCUUCUGGCUGCUUGAAGAAAGGCAAACUUUUGAAGUUAGGCUCCUUUAGUGAUCUCUGCUAAUCAAGUAAAUUUUCUACAGUUUAAGAGACUGUUGAUGGCUUCUGGCCAUUGGGAGCUCUGGAAGGGAUCACACUCUUGUCAAUCUCUCAGCCCCAUUGCUGUAACAUUUCAAUCUAUAAUAUCAGGCAUCUCCUAGCGUCGAGAUUCUAUUUCUUUUGAUUACCUCUUCCUACAAUGUAUGGAUAAAAAGUAGUACUCUGCGUUGACUAAAAUUCUGGGUAUAUUCAGGUGUAUAUUGUCACUGAAAUCAUAACCAUAUCCUCUUACAUUUUUUCAGGG